UUCUACUUUCUAAUCCGCGAAAUUGGGAGAAUGUCAAAUCGGAAGAGGUCGUUACUGGACAAUAUGGGCUAAGUCAGUGGUGUAUAAGUGGAGGAUGGGCUGAUUAGAUUUUAUUUAGUAAACUGAAGACUGUUGAAAUCUGCUAGUGACAGGGUUUUGAGGGUCAAGUCGAGGAACAGGUGCCCUGAGAAUGGCCUUCGAGGAGAGAUCUGCUAGCUCCAUAUUGCCGUACACCUGUGUAUACAUAGAUGCUGAGUUCCGGGACAUCUUUGGAGCAGCCUCCCGAUGUCUGACAUGCUGCAGGGACAGAGAAGAAACCAUUCAGGACCUGAAGCAGAUGUGGACCACAUCAACCAAUCAGAACCCUGUCCUACCCUGCCUGUCAGUCAGAACCGGUCUAGACCUGUUUUUACAAGUCAAGGGUUAUCCCUCAGGGUCGGAGGUCAUCAUGUCAGCUAUAAACAUUCCUGACAUGGUCUACAUUAUUAAACACCAUGGGCUAAAGGUUGUUCCUUGGGAUGUUGACAUAGAAAGAACAAGUCCAAAAAUAGAUCAGUUGCCGCACCUCAUCUCGGACAAGACAGUGGUCAUAUUAGUGGCUCAUAUCUACGGGAAGCUGGUAGAAAUGGACAGCGUUAUAGAUAUAGCUCAGAGACACAAUAUAUCUGUGAUUGAGGAUUGUGCCGAGUCUUUCUGUGGAUUCGAUUGGCUCGGGAAUCCUCGGACGGACCUGGCUCUCUUUAGUUUUGGUGUGAUUAAGCCGUCAACAGCCUUCGGUGGUGCAAUGGCAAAAAUUCGUGAUCAUGAAUUGUUCAAUAAAAUGUCGCGACAUCAUUCUACGUACCCUAUACAAACACACAGGGAAUACUUCAAGAAAUUGACUAAGUAUUUUUUAGUGUAUCUGUUGUUGGAUUGUCCUCAGGUGGUCAAGCCCGCCAUGUGGCUAGCCAGGACCUUAAACAUAGACCACAAACAGUAUGUGAUUAAAAUGUUAAGGGGAUUCCCCAGCGAUAUGGUUCACCGCAUUCGACAGCAACCCUCAAGUGCCCUGUUACAGACCCUUCGGCACCGGCUAAAAAAUUUCAAACCUUCGGAAUUCAAGUCAUCCAACAUAAAGGGGGAAUAUGUGCGUGAGCGGUUACCGGAGUGUGUGACGUUAGUGGGGUCCGAAUGUGAUGUGAACAAUUACUGGCUCUAUCCCAUACUGGUAGAGAAUGCAGACACUGUAGUGAAGAUUCUGAAUGCGAUGGGCAUUGAUGCGUAUCGAGGUGCCACACAGCUAAACAUCAUCGAGCCGGAGAAGUGGAACCCUCACUUGGACUAUUUUGCCCCCCUCAUCCAUUUUUAUCCUCACGAGGCACGCUACCUCAUAGACCAUGUUGUGUACCUCCCAGUCAAUAAAUCGGUACCAUUCCACGUGUUAGACCAGAUCUGUAAAGGGCUGGAAGUGGCCAUCAAAAUCAGCAGAAAUGGUCGAAGUGUUAACGUACGUCCUCAUUCUAAAUUUGUUGAGGACAUCACAGGAAAAGCCUUCAAGAAGAUAAAAGUAGGAACCACAGACGACACUGGUGCACAUCGCCUGAACCGUCUCUACUGCAUGGCAUUCUUCAUCGCGCUUACCCUCUUCGCUAGCGCCAAACAAUUUGUCGGAGAACCGAUCUCUUGCUGGUGCCCAGCUCAGUUCAAAAAGUUCCACGUGUCGUACGCAAACGCGUACUGCUGGAUCAAAAACACGUACCUUGUACCGUUCGAAGAUGCACUUCCGGUGGAUCACAAGCAGAGAGAUGACCAGGAGAUCUUAUAUUACCAGUGGAUCCCCAUCAUCUUUGCUUUACAAGCAUUUCUAUUUUUUCUUCCCAGAAUGUUCUGGAAACAUUGGAAUGGUUAUUCUGGUUUUGAUUUGAAGAAGGUACUCCGGAUGGCUGAGAACGCUACCUAUGAAAGUCCAGAUGACAGAAGUGAGAAGAUUGGACACUUGGCUAUCUUCAUUGACAGAUGGAUUGCCGUUCGGGAUUGUAUUGUGGGUAGAACGAAAACAUCUCAGCGGGUCAAAGAAGCCUUCGCAAAUGGAGGGUUCCAUCAAGGAAAUUUCAUGUCCGUCUUCUAUCUCAUUACCGAUUUCAUGUAUUUUGCUAAUACUCUUGGGCAAAUCUUUCUUUUGGAAGCUAUUUUGGGUAACAACUUCCUUCGCGUUGGUCCGGAUUUUCUCAUGUUGAUGUUCAGAAGUGAAAAAUGGGAGGAUAUGGCGCGGUUUCCGUUAGUGACGUACUGUGACUUCGACAUCAGACAGCUGGCUAAUUUACAACGCUGGACUGUCCAGUGUUCACUGCCAGUGAAUCUGUUCAAUGAGAAACUCUUCGUUGUGAUAUGGUUCCUUCUUGUUGGGAUGACCGUCGUUAAUGGUGCGCAUUUCGUGUGGAACGUCAUCACUUUCUGUUUACCAUGGAGACAGAACGAAUAUGUAAAGAAAUAUUUAACUCUUACGCAGCCUCGCCAUUUCACCGCUCCCGGUGAUUCCAGACAAGGGGACCUGGUGAACAAGUUUGUAAACCAGUACUUGAAAAAUGAUGGGGUAUUCGUUAUUUGGAUGGUUUCUGCAAACACCAGCCAGGUGCUAGCUUCAGAGUUAGUGGAAAUACUGUGGAAAAACUACUGCAAGAAACCCGCAAUUACAAGUUACUUAAACCUCAAAGAUAACGAAAUUCAGUGCUGAAUAGUUAACCCAAGCAUUAUAGUUAACCUAACCAUAUGGGCCAAGGAGAGUCAGUGACGUUGCUUCACCACGCAGCGAUUUAAAAAAAAACCAUGGUGCAUUAUCUAAUACAAAAUGUUUCAUCACAGGGCUACACAUUCUAGAAGAAUAGAAAGUUUAGCCCAGAAUGUGACAUUUGAUUCUGUACUCCUCUAACUGUCUCCUCUGAACUGUCGUUCAAGAUAAGUUAUAAAUGUGUAGGCUGUGUUUAGCCAUUUCGUUUAGUAUAGUACUGUCUAUCGGUUCAAUUCCAUUUAUCAAAGAUUAUAGUGAUCUCGAAAGAGAAUAGUGUAAUGAAACUACUGGAGUAGGACAAUGCAAAGAACUUACGUACGUCCGGUUUUUACUUUUGAUCCAACAGGACUUCUGCCUCGUGGCCUCUGGAUUUUCAUGAGGCCAGCGAUUUACUAGAUAAUUUUACCACGACAAUCUUACGAAAAUCUUGCAUUAUUUUUGUCAUACCUGUGAUGAACAUACGCAUUUGUUUAUGUAAUUGUUGAAUAUGGUAUACUGAUUAUAUUUUGUUGAUUUUUUAUAAAGAAUCAUUGUUGUC